AUGAAUUUAGCGAAACAUUUCGCUGAACGACAUGCUGAACCAUUACUGGAUAUGACGAAGAUACUUGAUAAAGAAGCUAUUGAAUUAUGGCAAUUAUAUAGUACAGCAGAUAAAGAUGAUAUUAAAUUAAUAUCCAAUCGAUCUGAUCUUCGUUUUAGUGAACAAGAUAUUACAAAUACAAUUCGUUCAUUGAAAAGUAAAAACUCAUCCGGGUUCGAUCAAGUGUCGAACAAAAUGAUAAAAGAAAUACCUGAACACUUUCAAGUCAUACUUCCACACGCUUAUAAUCAACUAUUCAGUGCAGCCUAUUGGGGUAGUGAAUGGAAGCUAGCAAGUACAAUUUAUCUUAAUAAGUCUGACAAUCCCGCACCUGCUACAAAUCAAUUGCGUCCGAUCUCAAUGCUACCUGUAUUUAGUAAAGUCUAUGAAAAGCCUCAUCAAGCAACAACAUCACGGGUUAAUUGUCUACUAGAGCAAAUUACUCAAUCUCAGCGUUAUAAUACACUUACUCCAGUAAUAUACGUUGACUUCUUACAAGCGUUUGACAAAUUAUGGCAGCAAGGACUGCUCCUAAAAUUAAAUAAACUUGACUGUCCACCCGCGUAUCUAGUUUGGAUGGUAAACUAUUUCACCAGUCGUUCUCUAAAAAUUGAUUAUGGUGGUAUAGAGCCAGUAACAAUCAAUGUCAAACGGAGAGUCGCUCAAAGCAGCUGCCUUGGUCCUGUUAUGUACGUAAUCUGUCACUAUGAUCUACCUCAGUUGUUUGCUAAUCCGGUCAAUGUUCAUGCUUAUGUCGAUGAUAUUGUAAUCGUGUAUAUUCCUUCAAUUCAUUUAAAAUGUAAACACCAAAUCAUUCAAAUUGAAAAGGACAUCAACAUCAAUAUGCAAAACUUACUGAACUAUGCGAAUGACUGGCAUCUGCCUCUAAAUCCGAACAAAAUUGAACUUGUUAAUUAUCAUAAGGCAGUGCAAAGUCCAAAAUUAGAUAUUUACUACGCUGGUGUAAAAAUAUUACAAAAGAGUUCGUUCAAAUAUCUUGGUUUCAACCUUGGCGCGAAGUUAUCAUUUUGCAGUAUGAUCGACGCUCAAUUCGUUAAAUUACGAAGAGCAUACACGAUAUUGAAAUUCAUAUACAGACAAUUUCCAUCGUUUUUCGAAUUAAAAGUUAAAUUUUUCAACACUUACAUUUGACCUCACCUUUACAUGCUAUCAUCAAUCUACUGUCUAUUCUCAAUUACAUCUCGCGAUCGAGUAGCAACUUUCUAACGAAGGUGCCUGAGAUUAAUCAAUUGCCUGUUUCAAUGUCCAGGAGACGAUGAUGCACAACCACUUCAAACUACCUACAAUUGAACAAAGAUUCAAGAAGUGUUUAUCGAAACGGAUGAAAUGUAUACAAUUGUAUGAACCAAUAUCUAUCGACUCAGCAUUACAAAAUAAACAUCUGCUUAAUAUUCUUUAUAAGCAUUAUCGAAUCAAAUCGUAGCUACAGAGAAUGCCAAAAGGCAGGCCAAACAAACGUUUGUCCUCGCUCCUCGAUAAAGACAAUUACACCUUUUUUGAUCAUCUAUGCCACUUUGUUUUUAGUUAAAGCAAUCACUCACUAUUGUCUUAUUCUCUUUUUCUCAUGAUUUCGAACAGUCUUUUGUAUUGUUAAUCUUUGUGUCAAAAGUCCGCUGGGACAGAUUGCACUAUAUAACAUAAGACGGCCAGCGCCUCAUGGCGAAUUCGUCAUAACAAAUAGAGCGAUUGAUUAAAAAAAAACUUAAAAUGCUACUCACAAUUAUUAUUCGUAGCCUUACGAGUCGAUGUUGCUAGCAAAAUCGAAAAUCGAAAAAUGACUGACUGCAUUUGUUUUCAGCAUCAAAUAAUCCAUUCGCUGCUUGACUCUGUUUUUUUUCUCUCUCAACAGAAACGUACGUCACUCAAAAGUUUUGUUUAUUCUUACAUCAGCUGACGGUCAAAAAUAGAAGAAUAUUAAAUCCUAGUACUAGAAAACGUUUCCCCUAAACCCUGGAAGGGUUUAUAUUUUUGUCCGAAACCCUAAAAAGGUUUAUUGCUUGAAGCGUUUAUGAAAUUAAGGGUAUAUGAAGAUAAAAAGGUUUAUUGCAGGAGAGUUUAUUAAUCUACGAUGAAGGGGUCACUAUUAUACGGUGAAGGGUUUAUUAUUAUACACUUGUAUGGAAGAGUUUUUUUUAUCCAACGUUCAAGGGUUUAUUAUUAUACUUUUCUAUGAAAAAAAGUUCUUUUUUUAUUACGUAAUAAAAAAACUUAUUAUUUUAUUUCGAAAUCUUGAUGAUUUCCUGUUUAUUGUUUAAGUAAUCUUUGUUUUGUUGAUCGAAUGGUCAAGUUCUACUCUUUAGAGCACUCUUUUCAUGGAAAUUUGUGGGACAUCUUGAUAAGGUUACAUAUAUUGAGUCAACCAUUAUUUACAUUAUUUUAUCUGAAGUCAUUUUAACUAAGCAUGAUGCAUAUCUAUAUCAUAAUUAUGUUGAAUUUUAUAGUUGAUACCACCAUUGUUGAAUACUGUUACGAUUAGAUAGACCAUUGUAUAUAGAAGUGAUAAGCGUAAUAAUUUUAGUUUAGAAGUCUGUUUAUAGAUGACAUGGAAUUUUCUUCAUAUAUACAUAUACUAUGUUCAAUAUAGUCAACAUAAAAAAUUCUUUAACUUUUAGGCAUUUCUUCAAAUUUCUAUUUCAAGAAAAAUUUUAAAAAGUGCAAAAUGAAUUGGACUUGUGAAUAAGUAAUUGAAUGGUGUAAAUCAUUCAUUUGUGACGAUUUUAUAAUAUCUCAAAUUCAAGGUCAGUUAUUUUGUUUUCUUUCUAUGUGUAAAAGAAUGAAAGAUUUUUUAUUGUUUGAAUGAAGUAUCAGAAACUGAUUCUCAUGUAUAUACAUUUUUGUGUAGAUCAAAAAGUAAUACGAUGUGUAGAUGUGGUUUAAUACUAUUUGUUACUUUAGUUUAGUACUAUUUCCUUUUUUAGGCUUUUAUUUUCUUGCAUAAGAUAGGCGUGUAAGAAUAAGUGAAGCGAAGAAAAAGGAAAGGAAAGUAAAUUUUAUUGUUGUUAUCAUUUUCUUUGUUGCUAUAAUCUUUGUUGCCAUCGUCUUUGUUGCCAUAGUCUUCGUUGCCAUUGUCUUUGUUGACUAUUGUUAGCAAUAUAGUAUCAUGAGAUGCUUAAUUCGAAUUCGAAUAUAAAUCAAGGUUCAACUUCACAAUAUCGAUUCGAAAAUAAAAAAUCCAGCGUUCAUAUAGUUACAGCAAAAAGCGAACGAUAAAAAUUUUGUCAUAAAUCUAAAUUCUAUAAUUCGAGUUGAGAUUGUCAUAUAAGAAAAGUAAAAAACAAAAAUUUUAAUUUUAUCCUUAAUAUAAAUUUCAUACCUCGAAUUGAGGCUGUCAUAUAAGAAAAGUAAAAAACAAAAUAUUUUAAUUUUAUCCUUAAUAUAAAUUCUAUAAUUCGAGUUGAGGGUGUGGGUGUGGUGUGGGGUGCGGGUGUGGUGUGGGGUGCGGGUGUGGUGUGGGGUGCGGGUGUGGUGUGGGGUGCGGGUGUGGUGUGGGGUGUGGGUGUGAAUCACCCCACCAACACUUGCACUCACACCCACACCCUCACCCUCAGCACUUCGAGGCUAUAUAUUGAAGUUCGGCGAGUUAACACUUGAUGAUCUCUUAGCUUUCUUCAAAUGACAGUGCUUGUCCCUCUAUCAUGUUUUGAUGGUUCUUAUGGGUGUGGUGGAGGUGUGGGUAUAGACAUACGAAAAAUUAACACUCACACCCAUUUUCGCCGUUAAUUUCAAUACCACAACCACAAACAUUGUUUUUCUUCCGGCGAACAUUGGGUGGAAAAAAGAAUUAAUUGCCCAUUAUUGUACAACGUACCACGUGAUCCAUCAAACCACCAUGAAUACCCAUCAUCGCCUAUCCAUAUACCUUCGC